UUCUUCGAAAAUGAUACUACGUAUUGAAUGUUCCACUUUAAAAUACUGAUCUAGGUCAGUAGGUCAGGCGGAUUAGGUGCGAAUUACACGAAAUACAUAUGUAAACGUUGCAUUUGUUAGGCAAUUUCUUGCAUGAAAGAUAGCAUUUGGUGAUUGAUUUUUUUCAGUCUUUACAUUCCUUAUAUAUUUUUUUGCCUUAUUUUAGGCUACCUACUUUGUCUCUCUUAGAUAUUGAAUCUGUCUUUCUUUCUCCAUUUCUUGUUCUGUUUUCUGUAAUUAAUUAAAUAAUUAUACUUUAAAUUUGCAUAUUAGCAUCAGGAUUACUCAAUUUAACUAAUGGCAUACCAUUAUUAACCUGUCAUUCGACAGAGUCGAUUCUGGCCAUACACCGGCAAUACAGAAAUUUACGUUCUUCAAAAUGCUUACAAUUGCAUUUCCUCCAUGCCAAACAAACUGCUAAUACACCAGUCUUAAUUCAUGUUUACAAACUGAUAGUUCAGUUUCAUUUGUUUCAAGAGAGUGUCGCAUAGCAACAGCACUAAUGUCGAUAACAAUUGACAGUAUAUCAUGCACUUAAUAGAUGUUUUCAUUAACAUAAAUGUUAGGUAUUUUCGCGGCAACUGUUUCGAAUAUUUCAUCAUUCUUUACUGUUACUUAGUGAUUCCUUAUCUAGUGUAUAUUAGCUGGUGAUAACUGCAAGUGUCAAUUGAUUUCGACUUUAAUAUUCAUCUGUAUAAGGUCGUGAAUGUGUUAUCGUUUACGUAUUUUAGCUUUUGAUAAGGAUGGUCACCCCAAUAAAAGUAUAUACAUUAGCGCGUGCCGAGAUUUUUAAAUAUUUACACGACGAGAACAAACAAAGCAAAAUAUAGCGAAGAAAAGGUAAAUAAUCGUGAUUUGAAAAGGACGGAUGGAAGAAAAACACAUCGAAAUGAAAUGAGACACUAAGAAGAAAUGUCGAAACAAAAUCAGCGGACUCCUUUAAAGUCCAGACAAUUUUCAAAUGCUUGGAUAAACUAAUACAGAGCAUUUCCUUGACUGCCCUUAGAAAAGUACCAGAUCGAUCGUAGCAAGCCUGUGCCAGCAAGCACCAUGCAUGCAUCGAUUAGCUCAUUAGGUUCCAGCUCAACCAUUGGCUUGGAGAAGAAGACUAAAAUAAAACUGAAUAUCACUGCAUAAAGUAACCAUGCUAAAAGAGAUGACAUCGUUAAUACUGAAGCACACGGUGGCGACUCGUAAUCACCUGACUCCAGAACUGGUGCUGCGGCUGAUAACCCCCGCUUGCCCUCUGUGGAGAGCCACGGAGGCGGAGGUGCCCUUCAAGGACCCUUUCUGGGCCUUCUACUGGCCUGGGGGACAGGCUACUGCCAGAUACAUUUUAGACAAUGGUGCGGUAGUUGAAAAUAGAAAAGUUCUUGAUGUGGGCUGCGGCUGCGGCGCUGGAAGCAUAGCAGCAGUUAAAAUGAAGGCUAAACGUGUGUUGGCCAACGACAUUGACACCUACGCAGCAACUGCAACCAACAUCAAUGCAGGACUUAAUGACGUCACUUUUGAAACAAGUACUGAAAACCUGAUUGGUGAUCCCUGCAAAGAAUUUGAUACGAUUCUGAUAGGUGAUAUGUUUUACGAUGAAGAAUUCGCAAAUUUGUUGUUUGAAUGGCUUCAUACAUUAAAUGGAGUUGGAAAAACUAUACUAAUAGGCGACCCGGGCCGGCACGGUCUGACGGACCGCCGCCGCCAACAGAUGUCGCUAGUGGCGCGAUACGAAUUGCCGCUACACAGCUGUAUGGAAAACCAUGGAUUCACACAUUCUACUGUAUGGACUAUUAAUAAAUGAUUCGAGAAGAUUAGUUUUAUUACAGUUAUAUUGUAUUUGUUUUUAUAGGAAGUGAGUAUGAUUUUUUAUUAAAUGAUGCAACGGUUUACUUAUGCGUAUUUAUCAGGAUCGUCCGACUAGUUUCGGACCCAACAAGAGCCCUUUUUGAUCAUAAUUAAGGAAUGCCAUCAUUAUCAUCAUCAAUCAUUUAAUAAGAAGUAUUUUGGUUGGUUGGUUUGUUUUACGUAUAAAGCUGUAGUCUGUACACAAAGAUUUCUUAUCCGAUUUACGCUAUCCUUUGUUCAAUUUCUAUUUUAUUCUAAA